UCCAUCACUCACUCAUAUUUUACUUGCAAAGUGUAAACACUACUUCAAAAUAUCUUUGAGCUUAUCAUCUCUCACAAUAUAUAGGUUGGUGCACUUUUAAUUUAAUUUUCUUGCUUUCAUGGAGAUAGUUCAAGAGCUCCAGUUAGAAACUACAGAGAAGAAUUCAAGCAAAGACAGAACCUCUGUCUUUCAUCAACACCAACUAAAGAAACAAACAAUGUUAAAAAGAUACAGAAAGUGGUUUUGUGUUUCUGUAUACAUAAUCUUUCUCCUAGCAGGCCAAUCUGCUGCUGUCCUUUUAGGAAGGCUAUACUUCGACAAAGGCGGCAACAGCAAAUGGAUGUCGACAUUUGUUCAAUCGGCCGGCUUCCCGGUGUUACUUCCGUUGCUCUUUUACUUCUCAUCGUCAUCACCACAAUCCAAAUCCAACAACAACAACAAAGAUUCCUUUAAAAAUACCAAACCAAAAGUUUCCUCCUUAAUUCUCCUCUACAUAGGCUUUGGACUUCUAUUAACUGGUGAUAACUUGAUGUAUUCAUAUGGACUUCUAUAUCUACCUGUUUCCACAUAUUCCCUACUAUGUGCUACUCAACUAGCCUUCAAUGCAUUAUUCUCUUACUUCCUCAAUUCCCAGAAAUUCACAGCAUUCAUAUUCAAUUCCAUAGUCCUUCUUACUAUAUCGGCUUCCCUGCUCGCAAUCAACUCUGAUUCUAGCGAAUCGUCUGGUAUCCUAAGAGGGAAGUACAUAAUAGGCUUCUUGUGCACUGUUUUUGCAUCUGCUGUGUUCUCCUUGUACCUCUCUCUGAUGCAACUUUCAUUUGACAAAGUCAUCAAGAGGAAAACAUUUUCUUCUAUAUUGGGCAUGCAAAUCUACCCUUCCUUUGUUGCUACAUCCGGUUGUGUCGUGGGAUUGUUCGCGAGCGGGGAAUGGAAAACUUUGCACAAUGAAAUGCAAAGUUACCAGAAGGGGAGUGUGUCAUAUGUAAUGACUUUGGUUUGGAUUGCUGUGACAUGGCAAGUAUUUUCAAUUGGUAUGAUAGGGUUGAUUUUGGAGGUGUCUUCAUUGUUCUCCAAUCUUAUAAGCACUUUGUCCUUGCCUAUAGUUCCAGUUCUUGCUGUUUUCUUCUUUCAUGAUAAGUUCAGCGGUGUUAAAGCUGUUGCUUUGUUGUUAGCAAUAUGGGGAUUCAUUUCCUAUAUUUAUCAACAUUAUCUUGAUGACCAAAAAGCCAAAGCGGAUAAAAGUGAUGAUGCCGUUGAAGCUUCAAAGGGUGAAGUAGAAGUUUGUUGAUGGAAGUUCUGAUUAAAUAUGUCAUCUUACGUUGUUAAUAAUGUUGCAUUCUUCUGAAUUGCAUCUUUCCUUGAAAUAAUACAAAGUAUAGUUUA